AUGAGGCCUAAAGGCCCCGCCGCUCUCGAGGCCACGCGAGGGAUUCCGGUCCUUGAACGCAAGUCACCACGGCCCCGAGUGCCACUGGCUCCAUGCCCCGUCGGGGUCGUAUGCCCAGGGGAGUGUGAGCGAGUGAGUGAUGCGAGCCAGAGUGAUGCGAGCCAGAGUGAUGCGAGCCAGAGUGAUGCGAGCCAGAGUGAUGCGAGCCAGAGUGAUGCGAGCCAGAGUGAUGCGAGCCAGAGUGAUGCGAGCCAGAGUGAUGCGAGCCAGAGUGAUGCGAGCCAGAGUGAUGCGAGCCAGAGUGAUGCGAGCCAGAGUGAUGCGAGCCAGAGUGAUGCGAGCCAGAGUGAUGCGAGCCAGAGUGAUGCGAGCCAGAGUGAUGCGAGCCAGAGUGAUGCGAGCCAGAGUGAUGCGAGCCAGAGUGAUGCGAGCCAGAGUGAUGCGAGCCAGAGUGAUGCGAGCCAGAGUGAUGCGAGCCAGAGUGAUGCGAGCCAGAGUGAUGCGAGCCAGAGUGAUGCGAGCCAGAGUGAUGCGAGCCAGAGUGAUGCGAGCCAGAGUGAUGCGAGCCAGAGGUUGGUAAUAGUGUGCGAGUGUUUGUGUUUUUUUUCGUGCGCGUGAGGACAGUGUGUAUACGUGUAGAGAGUUGCUUACCAGAUCAAUGUUUCUCUGAGCGUGAGUAUCCGCGUAUCCGACC